ACAGAUUUAUGAGCAAUGCAGCAGCUUACACAUUUCUCCCCAAAGACCUCGUUCUCUUCCUUCUCACCUCUGCGUCCUCUCUUUGCCUCCUACACCUACCCCUUGAAAUCUCACUUUUACCCCUUUUUCCGCCUCAAUUUACAAUCCUGUCCUCUCCGGAGACCCUCUUUCGCAUACCACGUGGGCAAUAAAAGCGGCGUUUCGAUGGAAUCGAACGUGGUUUCACCGGAGGUUGCUGCGUCGGUCGACUCCGUGACGCAGGAUUUACAGAAUCAGAGUCUGGGGACUGACGGUGGUGAUGAUAAGAAUAGUAGCAGUGGGAAGUUGAAGCUGGAAGAUCUUAAUUGGGACCACUCUUUUGUUAGAGAGUUGCCCGGUGAUCAAAGAAGCGACACAAUUCCGCGGCAGGUGAUGCAUGCAUGUUAUACAAAUGUUUCUCCGUCGGCUGAAGUAGAGAACCCUCAGCUUGUUGCGUGGUCAGAUUCAGUUGCAGAGUUGCUUGAUCUGGAUCCUAAAGAAUUUGAAAGGCCAGACUUCCCCCUAAAAUUUUCCGGAGCAUCUCCUUUGGUUGGAGCGAGGUCCUAUGCUCAAAACUAUGGAGGACAUCAAUUUGGCAUGUGGGCUGGCCAACUUGGAGAUGGAAGGGCAAUAACUCUAGGAGAGAUUUUGAAUUCUAAGUCUGAAAGGUGGGAACUGCAGCUUAAAGGUGCUGGGAAGACUCCGUACAGUCGUUUUGCUGAUGGCCUUGCAGUUCUACGUAGCAGUAUCAGGGAAUUUCUUUGCAGUGAAGCGAUGCACAAUCUCGGGAUUCCAACUACUCGUGCUCUUUGCCUUGUGACGACAGGAACUCAUGUUACUCGUGACAUGUUUUAUGAUGGCAAUCCAAAGGAAGAACCUGGUGCAAUUGUUUGCAGAGUCGCUCAGUCAUUUAUUCGCUUUGGUUCAUACCAAUUACAUGCUUCUAGAGGGAAAGAGGACCUUCAAAUUGUUUGUGCUUUGGCGGACUAUGCCAUUAGACAUCACUUUCCUCAUAUCGAGAACAUGAGUAAAAGUGACAGCUUAUCUUUUAGUACAGGCGAUGAGGAACUUUCAGUUGUGGAUCUAACAUCAAACAAGUAUGCAGCUUGGAUAGUGGAGGUCGCUGAGCGUACCGCUUCGUUGGUUGCAAGGUGGCAGGGGGUUGGUUUCACUCAUGGUGUGCUGAACACUGACAAUAUGAGCAUAUUGGGCCUCACCAUUGAUUAUGGACCCUUUGGUUUUCUGGAUGCUUUCGAUCCAACCUACACACCAAAUACCACAGAUCUUCCUGGAAGAAGAUACUGUUUUGCUAAUCAGCCUGAUAUUGGCUUAUGGAAUAUAGCGCAGUUUGCCUCCUCCUUACAAGCUGCUGAGUUGAUUAACGAUAAGGAGGCAAACUAUGCCAUGGAAAGGUAUGGAAACAAAUUUAUGGAUGAGUAUCAAGCUAUAAUGACUAAAAAGCUUGGCCUUCCCAAGUAUAAUAAAGAGUUGAUCAGUAAACUUCUGAAUAAUAUGGCUGUUGAUAAAGUUGAUUAUACAAAUUUCUUUCGGUUGCUUUCCAAUAUCAAAGCUGAUCCUGGCAUUCCCGAAGAUGAGUUGUUGCAUCCCCUGAAGGCUGUUCUGUUGGAUAUUGGCAAGGAACGGAAGGAGGCAUGGAUCAACUGGGUGAAAUCCUACAUACAAGAGCUUGCUGCCAGUGGUUGCUCAGAUGAGCAGAGGAAGGCCUCGAUGAAUUCAGUGAACCCAAAAUAUGUUCUUCGGAAUUAUUUGUGCCAGAGCGCCAUUGAUGCAUCCGAACAAGGAGAUUUCAGCGAAGUCCGGAGGCUGCUUAAACUAAUGGAACGACCAUAUGAUGAUCAACCAGGAAUGGAAAAAUAUGCUCGCUUGCCACCAGCAUGGGCCUAUCGGCCAGGCGUUUGCAUGCUUUCUUGUUCAUCAUGAAUUGGUUGAACUUUCAGUAUGGUACCGGAAGGCAGAAACCUAGUAUGAAUGUGACUUCUCUUUUGCAUUUUCCCCAUUUCCGGUGAGUAUAACUUAUUGUAUAUAAAAGCAGAACCAAGAUUUCGGCUUCCCAUUAUGAUUAAGUAGAAAUUUACACAGAGCUAUUUCGUUUCCCGUUAUAACAGUUCAUGCAGUUGGAAGUAUUUGAUUUAUUGAUUUUUAGAAUAACAAUUCUCAGAUAUUCUUUCAA